GGAACAGAAUUUCGGUUUUUGAACCAGUUUGUGACCGCAUACUGCCGGGGGACGAAGUGUCGACGCGUUUUACACAAAUACAAUUGAUAAUCAUUGUUUAUACGCGGAAUUUGUGUGCUCAUUCCUAACAUUGUAGUAAUCGGUUCAUAAUUGUUUGAUUUUCUAUUCGAUUUCAACAGGAACAGUGUGCUAGCAUUCAUUUAUCUUUGCGUUUGAACAUUUAUCCGAGUAGGUAUAAUCUUGUAUCGAGAAUUCAGCGUUUGUGGACCGUGCCGGUGUUUUAAAAUGUGAAUCAAAUCUUGUGAACGAUUUGGAUUUGGAACGAAAUUGAACUUUUUAGAACAAUGAGGUUACUAACGUUUUUGGUGUUGUUGCCGUGCUGUCUGGGCCAUCUCAAUGUUUACCUCAGCAGUGCAGAAGUCUGGAGAUUAUUAGGACUGACAGCGGAGCUCUACUAUGUCCGCGAAGGGCAGAUCAACGUGUAUGCCCUGAACUUCGUGGUGCCAGUGCCAGCCACUAUCGGCGAACUGCACUUCACAUGGCAGAGUCUAACGAGACGACCGUUACCGUACACGCUCCACGCGAAGGUGAUGAAGGACUCCGGAGCCCUCCACACGCCCACGUUCAACAUAUCCAACGAAGGCUUCGUGCCCACUGAGCCCCAGACGUGGCGGGUCGACCUGCCAUGCACCGGCACCGUGGCCGCCGAAGUCGACGUCACGAUAUCCCUCAACGUCUCGACUGGCUCCUCAUCCACGGCGCUGCACUUCCAGCGCAAGAAAAUCUGCUUGAAGGACGUCCCGCGCCCAGCAGUGAGAGUCGACAACGCGCCGUACGCACCGACGUCAGCCGAUAUAUUCUACGCCGGUGCCGGCUGCGCGGGCGCAGUGCUGCUGAUAGCUGCCAUCGCUGCGGCCGCCUGCAGGGCCAGAGCGAGAAAGCUGCGCAGAGCGAGAAGCGACGAGCAGGAUGCUCAUGCGUUCCUACCAGACUCUUCGUGCAAAUCCGCAGCCAGCUACACUAGCUACCGUCGUCCUACAUCUAUACCAGCACCAGCUCCGGAAGAUAGAGCCAGGGAUCUUCAGCAGAGGAUCGCCGAGUUGACCAUCCAAAGGUGUAGAGUACGACUACGGUCGGUGGCCAUGGAGGGCACUUUCGGCAGGGUGUACCGAGGGACGUAUGCUGACGAGGAAGCGAGGGAGCAGGAGGUCCUCGUCAAGACUGUCGCAGAACACGCUUCUCAAGUACAGGUAUCCCUGCUCCUCCAAGAAGGCUGUAUGCUCUACGGGCUGCACCACGAAAGAGUACUGUCUGUUUUGGGCGUGAGCAUAGAAGACCAGACCGCGCCAUUCCUUCUCUACCCGUGGAACGCUGGCUGGAAGAAUCUCAAGCAGUUCUUGCUUAUGUGCCGGGGGGUCAGCAUUGGGGGGAACUCGGGGCCCCCUCCCCCUCCCCUGACCACCCAGCAUGUAGUCAGAAUGGCCCUGCACGCCCUAGAUGGCCUGUCGUACUUGCACUCUCAACACGUGCUCCAUAAGGACAUAGCCGCGAGGAACUGCAUUGUGGACGAGAACCUCCGAGUGAUGAUAGCCGACAACGCCCUAGCGCGGGACCUCUUCCCUGCCGACUACCACUGCUUAGGAGACAACGAGAACAGACCCAUCAAGUGGCUGGCUCUGGAAGCGUUGACCAAGAAGCAGUUCAGUCCGUCAGCUGAUGUGUGGGCGUUGGGGGUUCUGAUGUGGGAGCUGACGACGCUGGCGCAUCAGCCGUACGCUGAGGUGGAUCCGUUUGAAGUGGCAGCGUACUUAAGGGAUGGGUACCGGUUGCAGCAGCCGGCGAACUGCCCUGAUGAGCUGUUCGCUGUAAUGGCAUACUGCUGGGCAAUGUCCCCCGACGACCGGCCCACGCUGCCCCAACUACAGAUCUUCUUAAGGGAGUUCCACACGCAGCUCACCAGGUUCGUGUAGACCAAAGAUGGCCUUACGGUUCUGUUGGGGGGGGAGUUUCUGAAAAUUUGGUUUCAGUCAAUCGGAUUUUAUGGCCUUAUUUAGCUGAUUGUAAAAUCGGGAGCGCAGAUUCAGUAAGUAUGUACAAAGUUUCUAAAAGUAGGUGAUGUAAUCAAAGAUUGUUGUUACUGAAUCCAAGCGUUUCCACAACCAUUUCAAAUUACAGUAACUAGAGUGACUAAUGAUAAUUUAUACUUGCUAUCUCGUUUCUGACUAAACGACCAUUUUAGAAAUGUUACUUUAGUGACUGUUUCCAAAUUUGGAAUGAAGCUUUGACAACAAAAGAACAACAUUUUAACAGUUUUCAGAAAUUCCUACUGAUGGAAGCCUUAUUACUUGUAAAUACUUAACGUGCGAGACGUAGAUAAGAGACUGAUGUAAAGGCGAGUGCACACGCAUUACACAAUAUUUAUUAAUAAUAUUUGUAACCUCCGAUAUUUUUACUUUUAACUACAUUUUGUUAUGUUCACAAAGUGUCAAAGAACUUGAAAAUUGUUUUAUAUAAACAAGGGUUUCUAUAGAUGUCUUAUUAACAUGCAACGUAAAACGUUGGUUUUAAAACUUCGAGGUUAUUUAUAUGUUUAAUAAAAUAUUCUCCCACCGUACCAUGACAUCAAAAAUUAGAUUUAUCAUUUCAGUAACAUAUUAUGUAUUUCUGGAAAUCCAAUUUUCAGAAAACUUAAAAUACUUAUAAAGUUUAUUAUUGGACGUCUUGUUCAAAUAAUUAAGCACCUCAUCGUAAAACAAUUUGCGUCAAUUUUUUGAAAAUUGGAUUGUCAUGUUACUGAAAUAGUCCGUUGUGUGCCCUCAGCCUUAUUUAUAAUUGAAUUGUAAAUGAUAAUUUAUAGCGCAGCUGUCACAUGUUUGUGUUUUUGUCUCACUCCAAUCCUAAGUAGAUCUAUUAGCACACAAUAGCCUAGCCAUUUUAGUAAAAUUCCGUUUUGCGCUAAUAAGAAUUUAGCCUAGACAAGAUAUAUUUUUUAAUUACUCAUCAUUGGCACUAGACUUAACUAUAGGUUCAGACCUUUACUUGUACUAACAAAGAAAUAGAUUUUUAGGUGGAUCAACGUAAUUCGGUCGAGUUGGCUGUUUAGUCAAGUCUAGCUGAUAUUCACAACUCACAACUAAUAAUGACCUCAUAUAACUUGACUAAAUUACGUAGGCUGUUAUCAAUUUUUCUGAUAGAACAUGUGCGUCCAGACUUUUUCUUCAACUACCCUCAUCUUAAUAAUGUGUUCAAAGACUGAUAUACAAACUGACAGCUAAACCUCAUACUGCCAUACUAGUGUAACUGUAAAUAUUGUAAGUAGAUCGAUGUGCCUCA